AUGUCUCUCGGUACCUCUCGAGUAUUCACCUCCGCCCGCGCUCGAUUCGCAAGUGCAGCGAUUACAGCCCCUAAGGUACUUGCCUCUUCUUCGACAAGACUCUACUCUAGCACCAAGAGCGCCUUCAACCCGCGCGACAUCCAGAACAUCUCCCACAACCCCGAUCACAUCCAGUCCAAGCUUCCAUCAAAGAAGCAAUUGCGCAAUGCCAACCGAUUCCGCGAGUUCGACAUGGAGGGUCGUGUUUACGUUAUCACCGGUGGUGGUCGGGGAUUGGGCCUGUCGAUGGGUGAAGCCCUGAUCGAGGCUGGAGCAAAAGUCUACGCCAUGGACCGCCUCGAGACACCUCACCCCGACUUCCUCAAGGCCAAAGACAGGGCCCAGGACUAUGGCGGUAGUCUGGAGUACAUCAAAAUUGACGUCCGCAACAACACAGAAGUCAACAACACGUUCGCGAAAAUCGCUGCUCAUGAGCAGCGUCUGGAUGGUCUCAUCGCUGCCGCGGGCAUCAACCACCUACAGUCCGCACUCGAGCACUCCCAACAAGCACUGGACGACGUGAUGAGCAUCAACUACAACGGCGUGUUCAACUCUGCCACCGCCGCCGCCCGCCAAAUGUUCAAUUACCAACAAAAAGGUUCCAUCCUGCUCGUUGCAUCUAUGAGCGGCCUCAUCGCUAAUAAGGGCAUGACCUCACCUGUUUACAAUUCCUCCAAGGCUGCUGUUAUCCAGCUCGCCCGCUCGCUGGCUAUGGAGUGGGGUCGUCACGGCAUCCGUGUGAACAGUCUUUGCCCGGGGCAUAUCAUUACUCCCAUGGUCGAGGAUGUUUUCCAGCAGAACCCGGCGGCACGGGCUACUUGGGAAGCGGAGAAUAUGCUUGGUCGUUUGGCUACGCCUGAGGAGUUCCGUGGCUCUGCCCUGUUCUGUCUCUCGGAUGCUAGUAGCUUUAUGACUGGUAGCACUCUCAUUAUUGAUGGUGGCCACACGGCGUGGUGA